CUGGAGCUGGUGGGAGACUCGCAAUCAUGGCCGACACCGUCUUCUCGGCGGCCUUCGUUUCAGCGGCCAUCCCCAUCUCGGCCGUCAUCGGCAUCCUCUUUGCCAUCUUCCUGUGGCGGCGGGUUGCCCAGAUCAAGGUCCGCGGCAACGCUGGCGUGCGGUCCGAGAAUGGCCGGGAGUAUCUGCUGGAGGAGGAGCAGCGUGGAGAGUCGGAGAUCGAGGAGAAGGCUGCCGACCUGCAAGCCGCCAUCAGCGAGGGAGCAAACAGCUUCCUCUACACCGAGUACAAGUAUGUCAGCGGCUUCAUGGGUGCCUUCUCGGUGCUCAUCUUCGUGCUGCUGAGCUCCCAGGACGGCUUCUCCACUGAGUGGAAGGAAGACGACAAGGGCGUGCUGCGCGCCCCCGCCAUCUACAACGGCGCCUUCUCCACCCUGACCUUCAUCGUGGGUGCCGUCACCUCCAUCCUGUCUGGCUACCUGGGCAUGGCCAUCGCCACCUACGCCAACGCCCGCACCGCGCUGGAGGCGCGCAAGGGCAUCGCCCCCGCCUUCAUGGCCGCCUUCCGCUCCGGCGCCGUCAUGGGCUUCCUGCUGGCCGGCAACGCCCUGCUGGUGCUCUUCGUGCUGCUGCUGGUGCUGAAGAAGGUGUUUGGCGACGACUGGGAGGGCCUGUACGAGGCCAUCACCGGCUACGGUCUGGGCGGCUCCUCCAUUGCCCUCUUUGGCCGCGUGGGCGGCGGCAUCUACACCAAGGCCGCCGACGUGGGCGCCGACCUGGUGGGCAAGGUGGAGAAGGACAUCCCAGAGGACGACCCGCGCAACCCGGCCGUCAUCGCGGACAACGUGGGCGACAACGUGGGCGACAUUGCCGGCAUGGGCGCCGACCUGUUUGGCUCCUUUGCCGAGUCCACCUGCGCCGCCCUGGUCGUCUCCUCAGUCUCCUCCCUGGGCGCCAGCCACUCGUGGGUGGGCAUGUGCUACCCGCUGCUCAUCACCGGCUCCGGCAUCGUGGUGUGCGUUCUGACCACCCUGAUUGCCACCGACCUCAAGCCUGCGCGCGUCGUCUCCGAGAUCGAGUCCACCCUCAAGAUGCAGCUCAUCGUGUCCACCCUGGUCAUGACCCCGGUCGUCUACGUCAUCUCCGUCUGCGCCCUGCCCGCCGAGUUCACCGGCAUCUUCUCUGAGGAGCCGGACCGCGUGGUCAAGAACUGGCACAUGUUCUUCUGCGUGGCGGCGGGCCUGUGGGGCGGCCUCAUCAUCGGCCUGGUCACCGAGUACUACACAUCCAACCGCUUCACGCCCGUGCAGGAUGUGGCCGACGCGUGCCGCACCGGCGCCGCCACCGACAUCAUCUUUGGCCUGGCUUUGGGCUACAAGUCUGCCAUCAUCCCCUGCAUCAUCAUCGCAGUCGCCAUCUUCACCGGCUUCUCCCUGGCGCACAUGUACGGCAUCGCGUGCGCCGCGCUGGGCAUGCUGGCCACCAUCGCCACCUGCCUGGCCAUUGACGCCUAUGGCCCCAUCUCCGACAAUGCCGGCGGCAUCGCCGAGAUGGCGGGCAUGGGCGAGGACAUCCGCGAGCGCACCGACGCGCUGGACGCCGCUGGCAACACCACCGCCGCCAUCGGCAAGGGCUUUGCCAUCGGCUCGGCCGCCCUGGUGUCCCUGGCUCUGUUUGGCGCCUACGUCACCCGCGCCGGCAUCUCCAUGCUCGACUCAUCCAUCCUGGACCCAGAGGUCUUCUCCGGCCUGCUGGUGGGCGCCAUGCUGCCCUACUGGUUCUCAGCCAUGACCAUGAAGUCUGUGGGCAAGGCGGCGCUGGCGAUGGUGGAGGAGGUGCGCAACCAGUUCAACACCAUCCCGGGCCUGAUGGAGGGCACCGCGCGCCCCGACUACCGCCGCUGCGUGGAGAUCUCCACCGCUGCCUCCAUCUCCGAGAUGAUCCCCCCCGGCUUCUUGGUCAUGGGCACCCCGCUCAUCGUGGGCACCCUGUUCGGCGUGCGCACCCUGGCAGGCGUGCUGGCGGGCGCGCUGGUGAGCGGCGUGCAGAUGGCCGUGUCCAUGUCCAACACCGGCGGCGCCUGGGACAACGCCAAGAAGUACAUUGAGGCCGGCGCCUCGGACCACGCGCGCGAGCUGGGCGGCAAGGGCUCCGACUGCCACAAGGCUGCCGUCAUCGGCGACACCGUGGGCGACCCGCUCAAGGACACCUCCGGCCCCUCCCUCAACAUCCUCAUCAAGCUUAUGGCCGUCGAAUCGCUGGUGCUGGCGCCCUUCUUCCUGGCCCACACUAAGAAUGGCCUGAUCUUCCAGUUCUUCGGCCACAAGUGAUGAGCUCGAGGGCUUGUGGGCGCAUGGCGAGAGUGACUAGGUUGUUACGCCUCUGGCGACGUGAUGGCGGCGCGCUGCCCCGGCGCUGCGCUAUCCGCACUACAUGCUUCCAUCACCCCACCCCACCCAGCCACCCACCGGCGGUCCUGUCCCGCCUUUAUCACUCAUAUGUGAGCGAAGCACCGCACCGCAGCCUUGCUGGGAGAUAAGCCCCAGAGGAUGAACCCCGAUCCUUCCCUUCCUUCUUUCCCCGGGUCGGCGCGCGAGAGCUUCCUCCCUCACACGCCUACCCGGCUGGUUUUGUUGUGGAGUGUUUAAUUUGCUCUGUGCACGUGUGUGCAGCGCGCGCCUGUGCGUGCGUGCGAGCGCACUGUUGCCUGAUGCUCCCUUGCUUUUUGUCUCUUCCCCCUCGUCGCCUCUUUUCACUCACACCCCCCACCCCCAAAUCUGGUCCUGUGUCGUAUAGCAUUGAUUGCGGCCUCGUGCUCCUAGCGUGUUUUGCUUGUCCUUGGGUCUGUGGUGAUUUUGCGACAGGAAUUGCUGAAGUGUCUGGCCGCCCGCUCGCCAGCCGCGCGGCGCGGCCAUUCGAUUUGCAACAAACUCAUGUGUG